AUCUCUUCGACCGUGAUGUCUCAAUGCGUUUUUCGUUGUUUCUGCUCCGGCUCGCCCGGCUUUUGCUACCUCUUUGUGUCAUAGCGACGAUCUGGCUAUACUUAUACCCAAUCUUCCACGGUUGUGCCUUUCCUAUCCCUCCAACAUCAUGCGCUCCCGACACCUUCGACCCUUCAUCCUCCAGCCCUGCAGCGCCAUUCAGGCUGCUCGCUCUCGGUGAUCCCCAACUAGAGGGCGAUUCUUCGCUCCCAGAUGCCAACGAUCCGGCGUUCCCUAGCGUACGGCGGCUCCGCACAGUCCUCGAGGCACCGACCCCGCUGUCAGAGAAAUGGAAGGAGGGCACUGCCUGCGUGUUGAAGUUCUGGAAACAUGAUAUCCUUCAUUUUCUCAAGGCAACCCGAAAGCGACUCGACCUAUGGGGGAAUGACUACUACCUCGCUCAUAUCUACCGCUCCCUCCAGGAUCACACUGAGCCUACCCAUGUCUCCGUUCUGGGCGACCUUCUGGGGAGCCAAUGGAUAGGAGAUACUGAAUUUGAGCGCCGCGGGCGGAGAUUUUGGAAUCGCGUGUUUGAAGAUGCAGAACGAGUGCCGGAUAAGAUUAUGGAGGACUCGGAAUACGGACCUUGGAUAGAAGAAUUGGGCCAUGACGAAGCCUGGAAUAAGAGGAUCAUAAAUAUCGCGGGCAACCACGACGUUGGAUAUGCCGGCGAUUUGACGGCGCAUAGAGUGGAGAGGUUCGAGAGGCUUUUCGGGAAAGUGAACUGGGAGGUCACUUUCACUCUACGAAAUCACACACCUCCAACAACAUCCAGGUCGACAGGGGACCAAGAAAACCUGGAGGGCACUGAAGAUGCUGGAUUGGAGGGAAGCGUUUCUGAACCACCAGCAAUACGCAUUAUAGUCCUGAACUCGAUGAAUCUGGACACUACGGCUAUCUCUCCAGAGCUUCAGAAAUCGACAUACGACUUCCUGAACUCUGCUAUUUCAAACUCUCGCCCCGUCGAGGACCACACGACUGCAACGAUUCUGCUCACUCACAUUCCUCUACAUAAGGAAGGUGGGAUUUGUAAGGAUGCGCCUUUCUUUGACUUCUAUAAGUCUGGUGGCAUUCGAGAGCAGAACCAUCUGAGCCCCUUCGCAAGUAAAGGAAUCCUAGAAGGCGUUUUCGGUCUCAAUGCCAAUGAACACGCUCCUGGAAAGGGUCUGGGAAGGAAGGGAAUUGUGAUCAAUGGUCACGACCACGAGGGCUGCGAUGUGGUGCAUUACUUGAACCGAUCCUCUGCGGCAACUCCUGAGAGCGAGUCGGCCGAAGAAUCCGAUGCCGACUCUGAGGAGCCACAAUGGAAAGCUAUGCGCACGCCCAAGACAGGAGGUCUUGAUCCCUCCGCAGAUGAUAUACCGAAUAUACGAGAAAUAACCUUACGAAGUAUGAUGGGCGAGUUUGGGGGCUAUGCAGGAUUUUUAAGCGCCUGGUUCGACGAGAGUCUGGGUAAGCGUGGCGAGUGGACGUUGGAGUAUGCAAGCUGCAGUUUGGGUGUUCAGCAUUGGUGGUGGGCUGUCCACGUACUCGACCUCGUCGUGCUGGUAUUAGCUGCUCUAGGGGUGAUCAUAUGGACAUGGGAGCAGAUCUUAGCACCGGAAGUCAAGGUGCCGUCAGAGGAUAAGAAGGUGGAAACCGUCCAAGCGCAGAAGAAUUAACGAUACACGUGCGUCGAAUAUAUUACGUUGUAUCAAUCAUGUUCUAUAGAUCCUCCUUUGAGCAUUCUUCAUCUGUACUCAUUAAUCACUUCUUCCUACCAGUAGCAAUCACCGCCUCACCAUGAC